AUGCAAAACGGAUCAGCUCAUAAAGAUGUAUUCAUUGUCUCUGCAGUCCGGACACCAAUUGGAUCAUUUGGUGGUGGACUAGCUUCCUUCACUGCCGUUCAACUGGGCUCCAUCGCCAUCAAAGCUGCGUUGGAAAGAGCUCAUGUAGCUCCUGCUUCUGUCGACGAGGUUUUUAUGGGAAAUGUCAUUCAAGCCAACUUGGGCCAAAAUCCUGCUAGACAAGCUGCCAUGGGUGCUGGACUCCCUUGGUCUACUGUCUGCACCACCGUCAACAAAGUUUGUGCUGCUGGUGCCAAAUCCAUCAUGUUUGGUACUCAAGCCAUUCUUUUGGGAACUGCCGAUAUUGUUGUAGUUGGUGGUAUGGAAUCCAUGAGCAAUGCACCAUACUACCUACCCAAACAACGAUGGGGUGCCAAAUACGGAGAUCAACAAGUCAUUGACGGUCUCCAAAAAGAUGGAUUAUGGGAUGUCUACAACAACUACUCUAUGGGAAACGCUGCUGAAUCUACUGCCGUCGAACAAAAUGUCAGUCGAGAAGAACAAGAUGAUUUCACUAUUGCUUCAUAUGAAAGAGCUCAAGCCGCCACAGCCGCUGGACAUGUCAAGGAAGAAAUCGUACCAGUCGAGAUUGCUGGUGCUAGAGGAAAGCCUGGAAAAGUUAUUUCAGUUGAUGAAGAAAUCAACAAUCUUCAAAAGGAAAAGAUGAGAACUCUAAAGUCAUCAUUCAAAGAUGGUGGCUCAAUCACUGCUGCUAACUCGUCACCAUUAAGUGAUGGUGCUGCUGCCUUGGUCUUGAUGAGUGGUGAAAGAGUCAAGGAGUUGGGUCUCACACCUUUGGCUCGUAUUCGAGGAUACGCUGAUGCUGCCAGGGAACCAGCCAACUUCACCAUUGCACCUGCAUUGGCUGUACCCAAAGCUCUCAAACACGCUGGCGUGACAAUCGACCAAGUCGAUUUCUUUGAACUCAACGAAGCCUUUGCCGUUGUCGGUGUCGCCAAUGCCAAACUAUUGGGAAUCUCUCACGACAAGGUCAAUGUAUUCGGUGGUGCUGUCGGCAUGGGUCAUCCUUUGGGUUGCUCUGGUGCCAGAAUCGUCGUCACCUUAUUGAAUGUCCUCACCACUCGUGGUGGCAAGAUUGGAGCUGCCGGUAUUUGUAAUGGUGGUGGUGGAGCUUCUGCUAUUGUUAUCGAAAGAAUUUGA